AUGUCGGCCGGGCGAGUCUUGGCACUUCUGAAGUUGGCAGCCGUGUCCGCCGCUUUGCGACAUGGCAGUGUGCCUGGUGGUCAAGCAGAAAGGAAGCAGCCAGCUUGGCAGACGGGGCGCGACCUGGCAUGGUUGAACGUGUCCCGGCCGCAAUCGGCCUCGAUGGUGGACAUCGGGAAGCCAGAUACCUACCGUCUAAUCGACAGUGUUUUCUGGUCGGCGCAAGGCACCGCGAUGCGAAGGUUUGCCGAUGCAGCCAUGCCGUGGUAUCUCAAGCGUUUCGGCACCGCCAGCGACAGGCGCGAGUACCUGUUCGCGGUAAACCUCCGCUGGCUGUCUGAAAACCGUGUCAAAGCUGCUAGCGCCGCCGUUGCAGUGGUCGCAGGAAGCACUGCAGUCGCCUACUGGUACCACAAAAGCAGAGUCAGGGCGAGGGCUCUCCAGCAAGCACGCCAAGACAUGGAGAAGCUGUCGACAGAGGAGGCAGUCUUGAUUGCGGAGAAGGCGGAGGGGCAACGUUUGGAAGACGAGGCCCUGUGGUCAGCCCAGGCAUUGAUACUCGCUGCGGCUAUGCGAGGAGACUGCGAAGUGCGAUGGUGGAGGUCGAAGGUUAGCCUCUCAGAGAAGGAGAUCGUUCAAUAUUUACGUCGUCCACAAGAAUCCGUGCAGGCCUGCGCCACGAAGGGUCCCAUGCUGGCCAGGUGCUAUGAGAGACCCGUGCAGCAGCUGUCCUGGACUCGUGCUGAGGAGCUUGUGCCCCAAUUAAGUCUUCUCGGCAUCCAGUGGGACAACUACACCGCGUUGGCAGAGUGA